GGAAAAGCCAAAAAAGAUAUGAUCUAAAUAGAGUCAGAUCCUCAAUUCUAUAUAAAGCAUGAGGAUAAUGACUGUAGUUUGCUACAGGUUAAAUAAAGAAGCUACAGAAAAGCUAACAGCAUGUAAUGUAUAAAUUAGAAAAUUGUUGGAACACUUUCUUAAAGAGUACACCAACACAAAAAUAAGUGCUGUUGGAUCAGUAAUCCUUGUUUUCUAGUUCGAGAUUCUUGCAUUAAACAAAAGGAAACAGGCCUAGGAUUUACAAAAACUAUGCAAAAAAAAAUAAAGGCCAAAUAAUCAAGACUCUCAAUUCAAGAAUGUGAUAAAGUUGGUGUUCAAUGUUGAUAGCAGUGUAUGCCUCAAAAUAGAUAAUACACAAGCAUCAGAUUAGUUCGCUGAUUUGAAGGUAGCAUACAUAAUUGACAACAUGGAACACAAACUAUGAUU